GUUAGCAGCCAGGAAAUAGCAGAGAGAACAUGACAGGUCUCGCUCGCUCAGACUAUUGAAUCACUUGCAUUUUCAACAAACUGGAAGUGUAUGGACACUUGUGGAGCCUGUCUAUGUCCGUCGUAGCCGAGCGGGAUGUCUGUCACCUUAACUCUCACAGAAACACAAGUUCCUAAUGGGAAAAAUGUUGAAGACACAAGACUCACAUCCCAUGAAGUGGAGAACGGACACAAUGUGGAGGAAGAGGAGGAGGAAAGAGAGGCCGAGCUAAUCAUGUUCGACAAUACAACACAAGGCUUGGGAUUGAAGAUAUGUGGUGGGUGCAGUACAGAUGGCAGAGAAGUUUAUGGGAUAUUUGUGAAGCGAGUGCUCCCGGGAGGGCUGGCAGAACGUACAGGUGAAGUUAGCGAUGGCGAUCUCAUCCUUGAAGUGAAUGGGCAAAGCAUGGAAGGAAUAACAUACGACAGGGCCAUAUCCCUGCUCCGACAAGCAUCGGCGUCGAACCACGUGGAGAUGGUCGUGACGAGAGAUGCAGAAGCAAGAACUGAGUAUGCCGAGUACUUGAACAAGUGUGGCCCAAUUCAGAGUCCAGCCCUGGUACUGGACCAUCAGUACGACGGUCAGAUUCCAGAUUCUGAAUUAGACUUCCGUAGGAAGAUGGGGUCACUAUUAAAGGACACAAGUCUUGACCUAAAUUCCUCAGGAAAUCAAAAUGAUCUGAAUUUGUCAGGUAACCUUGGUGACCUGAACGGCCAUAUCAGCCCAGCGUCGAGCUGUGCCAGUGAAUUAGCCAACCACAUCUCCGAGUCGAGCAGCUCGCCCCGCCUCCCUCGCCCGUACCCGGCAAACGGUGGAAAGGACACGCCCUCGAACUAUCUCGACCCGAUGCUGUCGAAGAAGCUGGCACAAGAUCCGGACCUCAGGCUUCAUAUAGAUCAGCUGGAAUCGGCUGUGGUGAAUCUGGGUCUUCCCCUGUCGGCUGCCAGUCAGAACACUUUGAGGGAGAAGCUGAGUGUGGACAAUGAUGGGAUGGUCAGGUUUGAGGAGUUUGUUGAGGCUUCCAAGACAGUGUUUAGAGAGGAUCUGAGAGCUUUGAAAGGCAGGAUGACCCCAAAGGUUGCUGAAGACACGGCUAGUGCUCAGGCGGGCGUGGCUGUGGAGGAUUAUGCCACGGUGGUCAGGGAGAGGGACACGCUGAGAGCUGAGCUGGCCGCUCUCAAGGAGGAGAUGAAGAGUCGCUGCCAGUCUAGUCAGAGCGACAAGGAGCAGCUGCUGUAUAUUCGAAAGCAAGCACAGACGUCGAUAGAAGAAGGGAGAUCACUGCGUAGCAAGCUGCACCUGGCGGAACAGGCGCACGCCCGGGCGCAGCAGACGGAGCGAGACUACGAGGAGGUGGUGGCCAUGCUGGAGAACGAGGUGGCCCAGCUCAAACUGCAGCUGUCCAAGUCGGACGGCGUCAACAUGCAAAAGAGGCUGGCCGUCCUGGUGUGUCAGCUCAAGAAGGCCGAGUCGGGCAAGAAGACGUACGAGGUGGCCACGGACAAACUGAUGCGAUACGUCGAGCACUCGGUGGACGUACUGACAUCCGUUGAAAAUUCACCAAGGAUCUUGCCGGGUGUGGACAGUGCCAACUCCAAAGCCAACAAGAAGAAAGCCCUCAACACUCUGUCGGUGGAGGGCAGAGAAGCCAUCAAGACAGUCCGCUCGCUCAUGGAGACAGUUCCUUUGCCUUUUGGAUGGGAGGAGGCCUACACCGCUGAGGGGGUCAAGUACUAUAUCAA